ACACUGUACACAUCAUGGUCGAGGCUGUCAAACGAAACAGCUGCACGUUUUUUAGGUUAUGUCGCCUUGAAAAUAAUUGGGAUUCUGUAACGAUUUCAAUGAUUUUUACGGGAAAUGUCAUCCGAUGUUCAAAAUGAAGAGAGUCAAGUCGUGACUGAGUUAUCAAAAUAUAUCAAAAGUAAUUCUAAGACUCAUAUUAUCUCCUGUUUAACGCGAAUCAAGGCAGACUCAAAAUGUCAAAAGCAGUUCAUCAAGGGCGGGGGCCUGUAUCAUUUGAUAGGACUUUUGCGUUUUCAAAACCUCCAGGUACUCAACUCUGCUCUCAGUCUUCUCGCAAAUAUGUGUCUUUCCCUCGAAGUGAAAGAAGAGCUGAGGGAUACAAAAAUCGCUAGUUAUACAGUAUGGAUUAUACGCAAUUUAAAGCUGGGGAACAAUUUGCAUUGCCGAGCAUGCAGAUUGAUUGGAAAUUUAUCCGAAUGCAGUUGGCACGCCAAGUCUUUCUAUGAUGCAGGAGCCGUUAAAGUAUUAUGUGACUUGCUAAAAAACGAUAGCAAUACGCAAACUUACCUAAUGAAUGUUAGAGCGUUAAGGAACAUUUGGAGCUCGUACGAGAACAGCCGGGCUGAGAUUCUGGAGUCAGGUGGAAUAAAGAGUAUUACCUCACUAUUAGUUAAGGCUACUGAAAAGUCCUAUGAAUCCAGGCAUGCUGAGCUGGCAGAAACAUGUCUAAAAGCGAUGUGCGCUUUUGUAGGAAGUUUGGACCCGCGUUGCGGAAUGCAGAUGAGUGGAGAUUCAGGUGUGAAGGGUUAUAAGUGCAUUGUAAAAUAUUGCGAAGCAAAAAACAAACUGGCUCUGAAGUGCCUUUACAGUCUGUCUCAAAUAGCGGAGUGUCGACCGAGCUUAGGAAGUUCCGGGGCUGUUGAACGGCUCAUAUCGUUAGUAACUAGGAACGCGGUACUAUCAUGGGAAAUUUUAGCAACUCUGUGUCUUUUUUGUCGUGAAGCCAUCAACCGAGUUCGGAUUAAGCAUGGCUCUGGUUUAGAAAUGAUGGUGGUUUUAUUGAAAAAAAACGAAAAUGAGAGAUUUCAUCCAAUGGUGUUACAUGCUCUCUCCUUAUUUACAUAUGAUGAUGACAGUAUAGUGAUUAUGGUAAAAAAUGGACUAUUAGAUGUUCUCAUAAAAAAACUCCAAAAUAUGAUAGAAUUCGAAAAAUUAAAGAACAGGGAAGAAAAGGAGGGCUCUAAAAAACGUUCGGGGGAUUCUUCACCAUUCAGAAAAAUGGAUUUCAAAUACAAUAGGACCAGUUUAGGAAGGUUUAGCCUAGAUUAUCACCAGGAUGAUUGGAGUCCGAGCAGUGCAGCUAGUACGUCUUCCUCGCCACCUAGCACUCCGCCAUUGCCUGUCUAUGAUUCCGGCGAAACCGACGAAAGCGCCGAAGAAAAUUAUAGUCCAGUUUGUAGUGACGACGAGUGGGCAGAAAAUGAGGAAGGAGAAGAACACCAUGAGGAGGUUGAAUCGUUGAAAAGUUUUGCCUCUGCUACUUUGGAUGGAGAAGAGGCUUAUGAUACAGGUAAAGGCUGGAAAUCUUCUACAACUGAACAUAUGAAUAUGUGGACUCUGGCUUUAUUAAGCAGAUUAAGCGACUCAAAUGAACCCAUAGAAAGACUGGCCCAUCCAUCGACAAUCGAGCCUUUGACAAUUUACAUUAGAUUUGCUAGAAACCCAAAGGCGUUGAGAAUACUCACCAGAAUUGUCAAGAACGUGGCAUAUUUAAUACCUCUAAUACAACAGGGCUUCGUUUUUGAGGCACAAACAUUGUAUGGUUCAGAGCAGUACACGCGGCAGCUGUGCGCUUUGGCCGAAACGGGUGGUGCAGUUGGGCAACUCUCGGCGAUUCUUUUGCGAGGUCAGGAAUCAAAUAAGAACAUUAUAGCUAUUUCUAUACCAUUUCUUAUCAAGUCUAAGGAGAUUUUAAGGAACCUACUGAUCAAUCAUGGAGGGUUGCCAUUAAUAUUUCGCAUUCUCGCCGAUCCUGAACAUAAUCUGCAUGAGAAGGCGAUUUUGUCCAUCAGUCGGUUGGCAGAUUUAUUAGAUAUUCGGCCGAAUACAGCUGUCAAGAACCAAUCGUCAGUUGAAAAUACAUUCGUUGCUUUCCAUCGAGAAAGUUUUGAUAACCUUCCAAAACCAUCCACGGUCACGUUUGAGCUUGAUGAUGGCACAACGGUCGACGCAUGCAGGCGCAUUCUUUGUCAGAAGUCCGAUGCAUUUUCAGCGAUGCUCGAAGGUAACUUUCUAGAAUCUGGGAAGAGGCGAGUGAAGUUAAAAAACACAUCAAAGGAAGGUUUAAAUACUCUUUUACUUGCGGCGAACGGUGCAACCUUUCACAAUCAAACCAUCGAGGAACUUCUUGACGCAGUUUUGCUCGCUGAUAAAUUCUUGAUGGCUGACGUGUCGGAGAUUUUGACAGAGAGUUCAAUGUCAAGACUAAAUCACGAGAAUUUUAGCCGCGCAUGGAAUUGGUCAAGAAGUAAUGCUUGUCCCGAACUAAAGUCUUUUUGCUUAAAAAGCUUCCUGAUAACCAAGAUGUCGAGGAUGGAACGCCUACGCGCAUUUCGAGAUUUUUCGUCUAGUGGUGGUUUUUCGGAAUUUUUGGAAGAAAUAAGGGAACUAGUUAGUACUGUUCUCUGUCAGCGUUAGAAAAUCCAUGAAUAUUCAAUAUUUUGCGGGUAGAGAAACGAAAUGUUUUUUCGGCACUAUAAUUUGUACAUAGUUAGUUAUUAUUAGUAAGUAACAGUGAAAACCUCGAUAUUAUUUUUGGUAACAACUGAACACUUUGAAUCUGAAUAUAUGAAGAAAGAUAAACUGGUUGAGUUUGAGCAUGCGUUUAGUGUAAUUAUAAAUGAAAAGUGCUAAUAGAUUUCAUUUAUAUUUUUAAAUCGCUAUCUCAAGGAAAAAAUGACAUAAGUGAAAUUUUUACGAAGGUGAGUUUUUGGCAUCAGUGCAUUCGUAAGAGAAAGCUGAUAUUUGGCUAAAUGUAAACAAAACCUUAUAUUUUAAAAAAUAAUCGAGAACAUAACAAUUAUAUAAACAUUAUUUAUUGUAUUAUUGGGGUAAAUUCAUACAACGAGCUUUCCAUACGAAGAGCACCCGUUACGCCAAUUGAAGAUCGGAUAUAUAUCAUGGCAAUGUAAGAAAAUAAAUCUGAUAAUAUUUAGUGGUCGCUAAUUGCGAAUUUUUAUGUUCUUGUAGAAGAAUACGGGAUAUCCUCAAUACGCAUAUAAUAUAAUAUAAUAUAAUAUAAUAUAAUAUAAUAUAAUAUAAUUAUAAUUAAUUCGAAACCACCUUGUUAUGAGCUUAUUACGCCAUUGGAAAUGCGAGCGUUAGAUAGCGCUUUACCACGCUGUCCAAGUAGUUUCAGUUAAUUAGUUCCAAACGUCAUCGAACAGUUAGUUAAUUAGUUUAACAAAUGGCCACUGAAUAACGCACAAUGACUGUGCGAUUGGUAGUCACAGGGCACGAUUAAAUUACAACUUGAAUCCAGCGGAACCAGCGUGUGCUCCCUUUUGAGGUCUUGAUGCCUCCCCUCCUUAUCCUUCUCCUUAGAAGCAAUUUUGAAAGUCGUUCGUUAUAUACAUACCGGUUCGGUUUUGAUUCCUCUAGAAUCAAACCGAAGGGCCUAUGACAAAGCCACCGAACGCGUCCUCG